AUGGGUAACUAUAUGUGCGUCAGCGGCAUAAAACAACAAGUGCAAGACGAGUGGGACGAGCCCCCGAGGAAGGUUAUCCGACCCGAUGGAACAAUCGAGGUAUUCAGGAGAGUAGUGACAGCUGGGAUGCUAAUGAAGCAGUAUCCUGGUCACUCGGUGUGUCAUUCAAGUGCCAUGAUAUCUGCUCUCACUACAAAAUCGGUCUUACCCGAAGAUAAGGAGCUCGAAAGCGGGCGAUUAUACUACGUCCUUCCCUCUCACAAGUUUCAAGACAAGGAACCAUCUUCGCCAGCCGGGGGUAGGGCUAUGACCCAACGGCGUGGAACGCUCACAGUUGAGAUCAAAUCGUUACCCGGAUUCGCACAAGUAACAGUCAAAGGCCGAGCUGAACUUAUGGACGACGAUUCUGAUAGUCCGAUCAUCAGCUACUCCACACCCGACCUUCGAAGCAUGUAUUUGUCCCAAAGGUCGCAACCGAGCCUCACACGGUCGAAUUCCUGGAAACCAAGGCUGGAGACUAUCACCGAAGUUGGUAGCGCUUCACGUCGACAUAUUCGGAAUUUCAUGCGGGGCCGCGAUGUGCUUAAGAGCUAA